GAACCACCACCAUCCUACGAAGCCGCCACGGGCCUCAGCUCCUCCCGACCCUCCACCCCGCGCGUCUCCACCGACGGGCCCCCCAACACCACAGAACGCAACGGCAUCCCGCCGGAGCGGCGGCGCUCCAUGGAAGACGAGAACCGGCCGCUGCCACCAGGCUGGGUGCGCUGCUUCGACCCCCAGGAACAGCACCAAUUCUUCGUGGACACGACCAAGGACCCGCCGCGCUCGAUAUGGGUGCAUCCCUACGACGACGACGAGUUCCUGUCGACGCUGAGCCCCGAGGAACGCAGGAAGCAUAGUCGACUGCGGAGGAGCGCCACGUUGACGGAUGUAGCGACCGAGGAUACGGAUGUGGAGGACGACGACGACGGCGGUCACGCAGCGCGAUUACCGCCGCGGGUCGAUGGUUCUUCUUCUUCCGCGUCGGCGCGGCCAUCCGGCAUCCACGCCUUGGGCAGGAAGAUGAAGGACAAGCUCACGGGGACCACGUACGAGCAGCGCGAGCGGCAGCGGCGGCAGCGCGCCGAGCACGAACGCCAGGCGUACAUUGCGCAUCUGCGGGCGCGGCAGGCGAUGCUCAAAGCGUGGGAGACGGGCGAGCCGCAGUUCCUGUGCAAGGAUGCAACGGGCAGGGAUGUCUAUGUGUUGCCGCCUGAUGGGCAGCGUGCGGCGCCGUAUGGGGCGUAUGGGUAUAAUCCGUUUCUGGCCGGGCCGUAUGCGAUGGCUGGGGGGAGGUAUGUGAGGCCUGUGGGUCCGUAUGGGAGGCCGAUGGGGUAUGGGUAUGGAGGCGGGAUUGGGGCGCCGGUCGCGGCGGGGUUUUUGGGCGGUGCGUUGUUGGGGGGUUUGAUGUUCUAG